UCCAAGGCUCUGUGGCCAGCUGGGGUGUGAGUGUGGGGGUCCACCCCAUAGCCCCAUACACCCUACAGGGGGACCUGGAUCCCAUGCCUGAACUGGGCAGGGCUUUUAUUGUGAAAGGAGCCCCCUCUUCCGCUUGGGAUGGAGGUUGGGCCGGGCAGGGCUGGGCCAGGCGGGGUACUACCCUGCAGAUCAGGAUCUGGCUCAGCAGGAAAGGGGGGACCCUGGACCGGGAACCCAGACGUACUUCAGCCAGCAGCAGCAGGCGCAGAGACAUGGCAUCCUGGCAUUGGAGGAGGCUGCAUGGCAAGAGAUGGACAGUGGUGGCUUUCUGCCUGUUGAUGGGCCUGUUGGUGGUGACCAUCACCCACUUCCCUGCAGAGUGUCCAGUCACCCACCCAGACCUUGGUCCUAUGGAGCCUCAGGGGGACACUGGUACCCUCAUGCCCCACGUCCGACAGGUCCUGAGCUCCAGACAGAGGCAGCGGACAAGGAUGCUGGGGCUCUGGCAAGGCCGAGUGUGGCCCAGAAAUCCCACCACUGCUGGUGCUGAGAAGCAAGGCCACCAGGGGCCAGCAGACAGGAGCAAGCAGCCCUCAGGAAGGGGCAGCAGGCAUCUAAGAAGGGUCAGGAGGGGUGUGACUCUGACAGGAGACCUGGGACUUCGCACCCAGAGUUCUGUGCUUCUGAGAGAGGAGGAGGUUAGAGACCCAGGAGCCAAAGCCCGGGCCCAGCCAGGGCAUGAGGGUUCCAUGGAGGAGACACAGAGCAAGACUGGCACCUCAGGCAGCCUGCAUGAAAGGACCAAUGGGGCAGCUGAUGCAGGGCUGACCCCAUGGCCCCGCCUGGCAGAAGGCAUGGGUCUGCUGGGAGCAGGGGACAGAGCCUUCAUGGGUGGGGGGCACACAGGGGCCCCCACACCAGUAUCCUGGGACAGACCAUGGCCUGGCUCUGCUGGGGAUCUGCGAGGAUCUGUGUGGUGUGACACCCAGCCACUGGCUGCCCCAGGGAUUGGGGGGCAGAUGCCCCCAUGGCUCACAGAGCAUGAUGUGCAGAUGCUGCGGCUGCUGGCCCAGGGCGAGGUGGUGGGCAAAGCUCGGGUCCCCGGCCACGGGCAGGUGCUGCAGGUUGAGCUGUCUGCUGAGGGCGCCCGCCAGGACACAGCCCUUCCCGGGCUCGGCCCACACUGCUCCCGGGGCCUCUGCGGCUUGAUCAAGCGGCCUGAGGACUUGCUGGAGGUGCUGGCCUUCCACCUGGACCGUGUGCUGGGGCUGCGCCGGAGUCUGCCUGCUGUGGCCCGUCGCUUCCGCAGCCCGCUGCUGCCCUACCGCUACACGGAUAGUGUCGCCAGGCCCGUCAUCUGGUGGGCACCUGACGUGCAGCAUCUGGCCGAUCCGGAGGAGGACCAGAACUCUCUUGCUGUGGGCUGGCUGCAGUACCAAGCCCUGCUGGCACAUGGCUGCAGCACCAGGCCAGGCCAGGCCCCGUGUCUGGGCAUCCAUCGUGCUGAGUGGGCACGCCUGGCACUCUUCGACUUCCUGCUGCAGGUGCAUGACCGGCUGGACCGCUACUGCUGUGGCUUCCAGCCUGAGCCUUCAGACCCCUGCGUGGAAGAGCGGCUGCGAGAGAAGUGCCGGAACCCGGAGGAGCUGCGGCUGGUGCAUAUCCUGGUCCGGAGCAGUGACCCAUCUCACCUGGUCUACAUCGACAAUGCAGGCACCCUGCAGCACCCGGAGGACAAGCUCAACUUCCGGCUGCUGGAGGGCAUAGAUGGGUUUCCAGAGGCAGCUGUGCAGGUUCUGGCGUCUGGCUGUUUACAGAACCUGCUGCUCAAGUCCCUGCAGACGGACCUAGUGUUCUGGGAGAGCCAAGGUGGGGCCCUGGGGCUGACACGGAUCCUCCAGACCCUGGAGCAGCGGGGACGGAUCCUGCUGGGACACAUCCGGAAGCACAACCUCCCACUCUUCCGGGAUGAGGACCUGGGGGCUACUGCUGCCCAAGCAGGCCGGCCAAGCCACCACCAGGUGCCGCGUGAUAUGACCCUGAGGUGACGGCAUCCUUGGCGCCAGAAAGCAGGAUGCGUGGGCAUCCCAGGCCUCGCUGCUUGGAGUGGUGGAGGUGGUGCUGCGCUUCUGCCUUCUGAGUGCUGGCUCUCAGCCCUGGGCACCCAUGAAUGGGUCUAGGGAUGCUCUGGGCACUGCACCACCUACCUGCAGCGGUGCACGGGCUCUGUGCACAGCUGGGAGACUGCACAUGCACAGGUCAGCAGGCGUGCCUGGUGUGUGUGUGCACUGUACACACGUGCAACAAGUCAGGUAAAAGGACUCCUAGAAUUACACCUCUGGCCCACGUGCUAAGAGAUUAGGUACUCAAUUCUUAUUUUUGGUUUAAAAAUGGUAAAUACAUGCUCACUAAAACAAAAUUCCCAAAUAGAAGUACAGAAGACAAAAAGUGAACUUCCUGGGGGUUCCCCAGAGAUGUGUGUCUGUCUCAGGCUCACACUACAUGCAAAUUAAAAUAACGUACCAGGUC